CCAUGCGGUUUUGAUUCACUGCUGCUGGAGUCGAAUCUAUUACCGUACUGUUCAGGUCAAAAAGAUGGCUGAGAAUGAUGUUGACAAUGAGCUGCUCGACUAUGAAGAUGAUGAAGAACCCCAAGGAGCACCUGAGAGUGCAGCCCCUGCCGGCAAGAAGGAGGUGAAGGGAUCCUACGUUUCAAUCCACAGUUCUGGCUUCAGGGACUUCCUGCUCAAACCCGAGUUACUUCGUGCCAUUAUCGACUGUGGCUUUGAACAUCCAUCUGAAGUCCAGCACGAAUGCAUCCCACAAGCCAUCUUGGGGAUGGACAUCCUUUGCCAAGCAAAAUCGGGUAUGGGCAAGACAGCUGUGUUUGUGUUGGCCACUCUUCAACAGAUUGAACCAGUCGAUGGACAGGUAGCAGUAUUAGUCAUGUGCCACACGCGAGAGCUGGCCUUCCAGAUUAGCAAAGAAUACGAGCGCUUCUCCAAGUACAUGCCCGCGGUCAAAACGGUGGUAUUCUUCGGGGGGCUUCCCAUCAAGAAAGACGAGGAAGUCCUAAAGAAGAACUGCCCCCACAUAGUCGUUGGAACGCCGGGCCGCAUCCUCGCUCUCGUCCGGAACAAGACGCUCAGUCUGAAAAACGUCAAGCAUUUUGUCCUGGAUGAGUGUGACAAAAUGUUGGAGCAGCUUGACAUGAGGUGUGAUGUGCAGGACAUCUUCAGAAUCACGCCUCACGAGAAACAGGUCAUGAUGUUCAGUGCUACGCUGAGCAAGGAGAUCCGACCAGUCUGUCGCAAAUUCAUGCAGGACCCCAUGGAGGUAUUUGUGGAUGACGAGACUAAACUAACCCUGCACGGUCUGCAACAGUACUACUGCAAGUUGAAGGAUAGUGAGAAAAACCGCAAGCUCUUUGACCUGCUGGAUGUGCUGGAGUUUAACCAGGUGGUGAUCUUCGUCAAGAGAAUCCAGCGCUGCAUCGCCUUGUCGCAACUUCUGGUAGAGCAGAAUUUCCCUGCUAUUGCCAUCCACAAGGGGAUGGACCAGGGGGAGAGACUAGCUCGCUAUCAGCAAUUCAAAGAAUUCCAAAGGCGCAUUUUGGUGGCCACCAACCUCUUUGGUCGAGGGAUGGACAUCGAGCGAGUCAACAUAGUCUUCAACUAUGACAUGCCAGAAGAUUCAGACACUUAUUUACACAGGGUUGCCCGCGCUGGUAGGUUUGGCACCAAAGGCCUGGCUAUAACCUUUGUGUCGGACGAGACCGACGCCAAGACUCUGAACGACGUGCAGGACCGUUUUGAGGUCAACGUGGCCGAGCUGCCCGACGAGAUCGACAUCUCCUCUUACAUUGAGCAGUCCAGAUGAAUCCCCCAGCCUUGCAGACAUCGCCUCUCCGUCUAUCCCAUCUUGUACUUGGAUUUAGGCGUACUUUGCUGUUUAUUUGAAAGCUCUGCUAGUUCCCUCUCAUCAAACUUUAUUUUUAUUGUCGGUUUUGGGGACACGGUAUAUAAUUGGUUUUAUUUGUCUUUUUAUGGUUUUUGUUCAAUGAAAUAAACUU